AACGCUUUGUGUCCUCCACACCACGGGGGGCGCUAAAGCUCAGCAAAGUUAAUUUACACAGUGAAGCAAGUUCUAUUCCGCAGAAGAAGAGACAGUGCUGCGGAAUGAUCAGCGAGGCUGAUUGUUGCUUUAACGCAGAGUAUAGUCCACAGGUUACGGCUUGUGAAUGGUCAACAGCCCGCUGUCGGUACACGGUAACCUUUAGCAAGCGGAGGCAACAUCUACCAACAGCUUCUGGUAGUUUCUGGCUUAAAUUAGCAACGUGAAAACGAUGCAAACUGACAAAUGGUUGCAUGCAAACAUACAGAGAAUCAGAGGUUUAAUUAAAUGCAAUACCACCUGGGUACUGUGAAAAUAAACCUUUCGCUUCGGCAUGCUGGAGUCAUCGAAACCUUCGAGGAAGAUCUUUACAGGAUUGAAUUCCCAGAGACAUUAUAGCAGAGGGACCUGAUGUCAUCUGAUUUCAAGUCCCUGGUGUCACCGCUGCCAUGGCCAGAGCUCUUUGUGUACUGGGUGCUCUCGUUGGGCUCUCAUCUUUACUCUUUUUACCAGCUGCACAAGUUCUCCAAAGAGCAUGAAACGGGGCUGCAGAGAGAGUUCCAGUUGGAAAAUGGCCUUUUUAAGGGGUUUAAAAGGGACCCGUCUGACUUCGAGUGGAGUUUCUGGACCGAGUGGGCCAAAAAGUCUUUACUGUGGACUCUAGUUGGUCAUGGCGUCUUAUCCAGGCUGAGCACCAUCUUUCACCCCAGGCUUAAGGUGCUUGUGCUCACAGUAUACGACUUCAUGGCUGCCAGCAGCGUGUUGGGCUUUAAAGGCGUGGGUGUGCUGCUUCUACAUCUGUCUGUCGCCUUCUCAGUGGCCCAGCUGCGAAAGCCUCCUCUGGCAUGGAUCGCUAACCUUCUGCUGCUCUCCACAAUUCACAUUCAGCCACUGCAGGACAUCCAGAGGGGCUGGUACAGCACAGAGGAGGAGUACUACCUGCUACUCUUCAGCGUUGCCGUCUGUGGCCUGCGAUUCAUCAGCUUCAGCCUGGAGCACUGCUGGAGCCCUUUAGAUCGCGGUCCAGCCGUGCAGCUCUUUUGGCUGUUUUCAUACACCUUCUAUCAUCCCUUUUUCUACAAUGGACCCAUUAUCACUUUCAAAGCCUACGCCGAGCAGAUGCAGAAGUCCACUGAGGAGAGCAAGGGGGGGGAAUCUGCUCUUGGCUACACGCUGGUCAGAUCAGGACGGGUCUUGCUGUGGUGGUGCCUGGCAGAAUACAUGAUCCAUGUCAUGUACAUGCACUCCAUUCACUCUAAUGAGACUUACAUGGAAAUCCUCCCUCCCUGGGCCUUGGGUGGUCUGGCCCUGGCUCUCGUCCAGUUCUUCUACGUAAAGUAUCUGGUACUCUUUGGAUUCCCAUCCAUGCUCGCGACUUUGGAUGGAUUGGUUCCUCCGAAGCUUCCUCGCUGCGUCAGCAUAAUGUACAGUUUCACCGGCAUGUGGAGGCACUUUGAUGAGGGGCUGUAUCGAUGGCUCAUCAGAUAUAUCUACGUGCCUCUGGGCGGUUCCCGUCACGGUCCUCUUUACAAAGUGUUAUCUACUGGCGUUGCCUUUGGAUUUGUCUGCUUCUGGCAUGGUGGCCUCGAUUACUUGCGGUACUGGGCCCUGAUGAAUUGGGCUGGCGUUUUGGCGGAAAACUGCAUCGUAUCUCUCCUUGCCUCCUCCUGCCUUCGCUCCCUAGUUGAGCAGAAUUUCUCCUUAGCGAUGCAAAGGCGCUGCAUCGCCUUUCUCUGUGCCUUCUCGACGGCCAUGCUCAUCCUCUCUAAUCUGGUGUUCCUUGGAGGAAUACACGUGGGCAGAAUCUUCUGGAAGCGUGUCUUCGUUCAAGGGUGGUCCACCAUUGCUCCACCGAUGCUUGCUUUCCUCUACUGCUUUGCGCAAGUUGGACUUGAGCGAACCUCUCUCCCAUCGUGAGUCACCUUGACUUUCUGCAAGAGUGAGAAUCCCCGCUGCCGGAUAACCAGAACAACCUGCUGGCUGCAGAGCCGCAGCAACUGGAGCCUCUGUGGCAAACCUGGCUUACAGCCACUUGAGGUGUCCAAACAUGACUGAGGUUCGGCCGCUCUCCACGACUUGCAGAGCUGCACAAAAUCUGUGUGGAGUUUUCACCGAAUGGGAUGAAAUGAGAGCUGCUGUAUUUCAAGGCGGUUUUAAUUAUACCACGGGAAACCGUAAAACAAAAUGUUGGACCCUGGGUCUGUCUUCAUUAUAUGGCUUUGAUAAGAUAUUGCUCAGUGGUGCAGUUAAUUGGAAAAAUGUCAUGUUUACUGCCCUUUUU